AUGCAGUUGCUUCCAUGGCCAAGCCGCCUGAGAUCUCUCCUCUUAUCCUGCAAGGAUAAAGCAUCCACAGCUAAAAUUCAUGCUCUUAUGAUAUUGACGGGUACUAUUACUCAUGGAAACUCCAAUGCCCGACUUAUAGCAGCGUAUGCACGAAUUGGCGAUAUUGUGUCAGCCCGUAAGGUGUUCGAUAAAUUGUCUCAAAGAGGCAUACAUGCAUGGAAUGCCAUGAUAAUCGCAUAUUCUCGUCAAUAUUGCCCAUCUGAAGUCGUAAGUUUAUAUCAUCAGAUGUUAUUAGAUAGAGUUAGACCUGAUAGCUCGACUUUCACUGUUGCCCUUAAGGCAUGUGCAAGCACUUUGGACUUGAAAACUGGUGAAGAAAUAUGGUCUAAAGCGGUACAUUGUGGAUACGAAUAUGAUGUGUUUGUGGGUUCAUCUGUUUUGAAUUUGUACGCCAAGUGUGGGAAGAUGGAUGAAGCAGUGGUGGUUUUCAAUAAGAUGCCUAGAAGGGACCUUGUUUGUUGGACAACAAUGGUAACAGGGUUUGUGCAGAGUGGAAGGCCAAUGGAAGCAGUUGAUAUGUAUAAGAGAAUGCAAAAUGAGGGAAUGGAAUUAGAUGGGGUUGUGCUGAUGGGAUUAGUGCAGGCUUGUGCAAGUCUUGGGGACUUGAGGUUGGGUCUCUCUGUUCACGGGUUUUUGAUUCGGACAGGUCUUCCUAUGGAUGUUAUGGUUCAAACCAGCCUUGUGCAUAUGUAUGCUAAGAACGGAAAUUUGGAGCUAGCUUCUUGUGUGUUCAAUAAGAUGCCUUACAAGAAUGCAAUCUCUUGGGGUGCUUUGAUUUCUGGCUUUGCUCAAAAUGGUUUUGCAGGGCAUGCACUUGAAAUGUUGGUAGAGAUGCAGGGUAGUGGAUUCGAACUUGAUUCAGUGUCUCUUGUGAGUGCACUUCUAGCAUGUUCACAAGUUGGAUUUUUGAAAUUGGGUAAAUCUACACAUGCAUAUAUUUUGAAAAGGCUUGAUUUUGAUGAAGUUUUGGGUACUGCAGUCAUUGACAUGUAUUCUAAAUGUGGAUCCCUUUCUUAUGCUCGUGCUCUAUUCGAUCAGAUUGUUUCCAGAGACUUGAUCUCUUGGAAUGCCAUGAUUGCAAGCUAUGGGAUUCAUGGGCAUGGAGAGGAAGCUCUAGCACUCUUCCUCCAGAUGACGGAGACGAACAUAAAACCUGAUGAUGCUACUUUUGCUUCUCUUCUUUCAGCCUUCAGUCACUCGGGUCUCGUAGGAGAAGGCCAGUAUUGGUUUGAUAUCAUGGUUCGUAAGUACAUGAUCCCUCCGGGGGAGAAACAUUUUGCCUGUAUGGUUGACCUAUUGGCUCGUGCUGGACGAGUCGAAGAAGCUUAUGAGCUAAUAGAUUCUAUGAAUACUGAACCUGGCAUUGCUGUUUGGGUUGCCCUCCUGGCAGGUUGCCACAACCAUAGGAAGUUGUCCAUCGGAGAGGUUGCGGCAAAGAAGGUCCUCAAGUUGAAACCGGAUGACUUGGGAAUCUAUGUUUUGGUCUCAAACUUUUAUGCCAUGGCAAGGAAAUGGGAUGACGUAGCUGGUAUGAAGAAGAUGAUGAAACAGACAGGAACGAAGAAAGUGCCUGGCUAUAGUGUUGUGGAAGUAAAUGGAGAGCUGCAUGCCUUUCUUAUGGAAGAUAAGACCCACCAACGUCAUGAAGAUAUUAUGCUACUUUUGAAUAAGUUGGAUCAAGACAUGAGAGCUGUGGGAUAUAUCCCAAGGACUGAAUUUAUGUUGCACAAUUUUGAAGAGGAACAUUCCUCAGAGCAAAGAUAA